AUUACUAUGGUUCGAGAGAAAAUAAGAGUAUCUACUCGGACACUACAAUGGAAGUGUGUUGAAUCAAGAAUAGACAGUAAACGUCUUUAUUAUGGACGCUUUAUUCUGUCUCCACUUAUGAAAGGUCAAGCCGAUACAAUAGGCAUUGCAAUGCGAAGAGUUUUACUCGGAGAAAUAGAGGGAACUUGUAUCACAUGUUUAAAAUCAGAGAAAAUACCACAUGAAUAUUCUACCAUAGUAGGUAUUCAAGAAUCAGUACAUGAAAUUCUAAUGAAUUUGAAAGAUAUUGUAUUGAGAAGUAAUCUGUAUGGAACUCGGGACGCGUCUAUUUGUUUCAAAGGCCCUGGAUAUGUAACCGCUCAAGACAUCAUUUUACCACCCUCUGUGGAAAUCGUUGAUAAUACACAACAUAUAGCCAACGUAAUGAAACCUAUUCAUUUUUGUAUUGGAUUAGAAAUCGAGAGGAAUCGUGGGUAUCGUAUAAAAACACUAAAAAACUUUCAAGAUGGAUGUUAUCCUAUAGAUGCUGUAUUCAUGCCUGUUCGAAAUGUAAAUCAUAGUAUUCAUUCUUAUGUGAAUGGGAAUGAAAAACAAGAGAUACUCUUUCUCGAAAUAUGGACAAAUGGAAGUUUAACUCCUAAGGAAGCGCUUUAUGAAGCCUCUCGGAAUUUGAUUGAUUUAUUUCUUCCCUUUUUACAUGCAGAAGAAGAUAACGAAAACAAUCAACAAAAAGUUACUUUGCCCCUUUUUACUUUUCAUGAUAUAUUGGCUAAGACUAAACUAAGGAAAAAUAAAAAAGAAAUAGCAUUGAAAUCUAUUUUUAUUGACCAAUUCGAAUUGCCUCCCAGGAUCUAUAAUUGUCUCAAAAGAUCCAAUAUUCAUACAUUAUUAGAACUUUUGAAUAAUAAUCAAGAAGACCUUCUGCAAAUUGAACAUUUGCGGAUAGAAGAUGUAAAAUAUAUAUUGGACAUUUUAGAAAUAUAA